AGCUAACUACCAAUGGCGGGACACGAGGAGCGUCACCAGGCGCCAGCGGCGGCGGAUACGGUGUGCGUGCCGAGGCGCCGCGCGCGGGCGUCGAGCGAGUACCUGGGCGUGCGGCGGCGGCCGUGGGGCCGGUACGCGGCGGAGAUCCGCAACCCCGUCACCAAGGAGCGCCACUGGCUCGGCACCUUCGACACUGCCGAGGAGGCCGCCAUCGCCUACGACCUCUCCGCCAUCUCCAUCUGCGGCCCCGCCGUAGCGCGCACCAACUUCUACUACCCGUGCGGCGGCGUCAGCGCCAGCGCGGCAUCCACCCUGCAGCAGCAGCCUCCGCCGUAUGGUCCGCUGCCAGUCGCGCCGCCUCCGUCGCCGUUGUCCGAGGGGAGUGGCAGCACUGCUGAUGAUGACUGUCAGCUCUCGGCGGAGGAGGCCGACGACGACGAGUCGCUGACGAUCGCCGCCAUACUGCAGAGCUUCCAGCAUCAGAGCGCUCCAUCCGCAUCCUCUGCUUCUCUGUACUAG